AUGAUCCACCAACUGUCUAGCACGACAAUCAACCAGAUUGCGGCCGGGGAAAUCGUGGUGGGGCCGCAAAACGCGCUCAAAGAGCUGAUUGAAAACGCGAUCGACGCCGCAGCAACGCGUAUCGACGUGAUCACCAAAGAUGGAGGCGUCAAGUUGCUCCAAGUGACCGACAACGGCUCGGGGAUCGCGCCCGACGACCUCAAGCUGCUGUGUCGACGCUGGUGCACGUCGAAAAUCGAUACCCACGACGACCUGCGCACACUGACGUCAUUUGGAUUCCGAGGAGAGGCGCUCGCCAGCAUCUCGCACGUGAGUCACGUGACGGUGAUCACUAAGCUGCGGUCCGAGCCAGCGGCGUCUCGAGCCAAGUACGAGCUGGGCGAGAUCAGCGAGCAGGCGCUUCAGGCCGGUAAUACCGGAACCCAGAUUACGGUGCAGGAUUUGUUCUUCAACACUCCGCAACGGCUACGGGCGCUGAAUAAGGCCGAUUGCCACACCAAGUGCGUCGAUGUGGUGAGUAGAUAUGGCAUCCACAACGACUCCGUCGAAUUCUCCUUCCGCCGACAGAAUGACAGCUCCAUGCUCUUCACUCUCAAGGGCUCCAAACGAGACAGAAUCCGGGUGGUCUAUGGAUCCAGAGUCAGUGGCAGUUUGGUGGAGGUUGAAGAUGACACCGACAAUGCCGAUGAGUCUGUCAUAUCCACCCUGAGCAACAUUGGCCUCUCGCGUGCCCCUGAGCUCCUCAUUUCAAACCCCAACUACUCCAACACCAAAUCAACAUUUAUCAUCUUCAUCAAUAACCGCCUGGUGAGCUGCGAGCCGAUACGAAAGGCCCUGGUGGCCGUCUACAGCCGCUAUCUGCCCACCAAAGCCUUUCCCUUCGUCUACCUGUCGCUGUUCAUUGACCCGGAGAACCUCGACGUCAACGUGCACCCCACCAAACAGGAAGUGCGGUUUUUGCACCAGGCAGAAAUCGUUGACUUUCUCAGCAACCUCGUCGACGACACGCUGAGCAAAAUAGAUGAGUCACGUGUCUUCGACGUGGUCGACGCCAAAAAGUUGUCCACCGCUCACAAACCUUCAAACCCCCAGUACCCCCACUCCCAAAACCGAACCGACUACUCCCAGAUGCACCUGCCGUUUAAGAAGGUCAGGUUGAACGAAACGGGGACCGUCGAUUUGUCACAGUUCAAGUCCCGUGACCGAGACGAGCCCCGUGUAAGAGAAGAACCCCGUGUAAGAGACGAACCACGCAACCACGAGACCCAAGAGACCCAACCCGGCAAGUCCCCUGACCCCACAUCCACCUUGGACUCAACCCAGAACCCUCGUCAAUACGAACAAACGCGCCUGAAAUCAAUCCACACCCUUUACAACGACCACACAGCUAGUCACUCGGCUCUGAUCACGCAAAUCAUCAAGUACCACGUGUUUGUGGGCAUUGUGGACCCGCAAAAACGACUCUGUUGUAUUCAGUACGAACUCCAACUUCUCUUGGUGGAUUAUGCCCGGCUCUCCAAUGACUUUUUCUACCAGCGAGCGCUCCAGGGCUUUUCAAACUAUGGAACGUUUGACUUGAACCUGGACCUCACCGAUCUGUGGACAGAAAAGCAAGCACGGACUCUGCUCCAGAACAAGGAGAUGCUGGCUGAAUACUUCAACAUUGGUCUGCAAGGCUCCAAGCUGGUUUCCCUGCCAUCUCUGCUGGCAGGAUACACACCCGACGUGGCAAAGCUCGGAAAGUUCAUCUCCCAGCUGGCUCAGUGCAACUACGACAAUGAAAAGAAGUGCUUCGACGACGUGUGUCGCGCGAUUGCCAACCUCUUCACCAUCUCGGUGGACCAGAGUGCCCUGGUAGUGGGUCUGUUUCAGAAAAUGAGAGACCACUACAUUGCUCAUUCCAGUGUGGAGGAGGGAGUGGUGGUGGUGACCUCGAUGCCGAGUUUGUACAAGGUGUUUGAGCGGUGUUAA